AUGUCGGACGGCGCGCUGGCCAUGCCUGAGCGGCGUGCGCAGCGAGCAGCGCAGAACGAGAGUCUCGAUGCGAGUCGCAGCGAGAUGAACCGUCAGAAGACGGUCGACAGCUGGAAGCGCUUCAGCUACCUCCUCGGCCAGACGGAGCUGUUCCAGCACUUUAUCGACAUCAAAAAGGACCGCGAUCCCGAGUUUGCUGCCUUGCUUGACGAGUCGGCGAACCAGCGCGGAAAGAAGAGCCGCGCGGGUGGCGACCACAGGCACCACCACCGCAAGUCGGAGCGCGAGGAGGACGAGGAGAUGCUGCAGGAGGAGACCGAAGAUCAAGUAUUUACGUUCCGCGAGAGUCCCGGCUACGUCCAGGGCGGCACGAUGAAGGACUACCAGAUUCAGGGCCUCAACUGGCUCAUCUCCCUGUACCACAACGGCAUCAAUGGCAUUCUGGCCGACGAGAUGGGUCUCGGCAAAACACUGCAGACCGUCUCGUUCCUUGGCUACCUGAAGUACUACUGCGACACGCCCGGCCGCCACCUCAUUGUCGUGCCCAAGUCGACACUCGACAACUGGGCUCGCGAAUUCGACAAAUGGGUGCCAGGCUUCGAGAUCCUCACGCUGCAGGGCUCCAAGGAGGAGCGCCAUGCCAUGAUCCAGGACCGCGUCCUGCCCCAAAAGUUUGACGUGCUCAUCACCACCUACGAAAUGUGUCUGCGCGAGAAGCCGGCGCUUCAGAAGCUCGCGUGGGAGUACAUUGUCAUCGACGAGGCACACCGUAUCAAGAAUGUCGACUCGUCCCUCUCGCAGAUCGUGCGUUCUUUCACAUCGCGUGGCCGGCUGCUGAUUACCGGCACGCCCCUCCAAAACAAUCUGAUGGAGCUCUGGAGUCUGCUCAACUUUCUGCUGCCGGAUGUGUUUUCGUCCGCAGACGACUUUGAGGCGUGGUUCCAGGGCAAGGGCAGCGGUGAGGACGAGGGAGCCGACGAUGCACAUGGCUCGAUUGUGCAGCAGCUGCACAAGGUGCUCCGUCCGUUCCUGCUGCGCCGCGUCAAAGCCGACGUGGAACAGAGCCUGCUGCCCAAGAAGGAGACGAACGUGUUUGUCGGCCUAACAGACAUGCAGCGCAAGUGGUACAAGUCGCUGCUCGAGAAGGAUAUUGACGCGGUGAACGGCGCUCUGUCUAAGAAGGAGGGCAAGACGCGCCUGCUCAACAUUGUCAUGCAGCUGCGCAAGUGCUGCAACCAUCCGUACCUCUUUGAUGGCGCUGAACCAGGGCCGCCCUACACGACCGACGAGCAUCUCGUGUACAAUAGUGGCAAGAUGGACAUCCUCGAUAAGCUGCUCAAGAAGAUGAGGGAGCGCGGCUCGCGUGUGCUCAUUUUCUGCCAGAUGAGCCGUAUGCUCGAUAUCCUUGAGGACUACUGCCUAUUCCGCGAGUUCCCCUACUGCCGCAUCGACGGCAGCUCCGUGCACGAAGACCGUAUUGCAGCGAUCGACGAAUACAACCGGCCCGGCAGCGACAAGUUUGUGUUUCUGCUGACGACGCGCGCCGGUGGUCUGGGCAUCAACCUGACCUCCGCAGACGUUGUCGUGCUGUUCGACAGCGAUUGGAAUCCGCAGGCGGAUCUGCAGGCCAUGGACCGUGCGCACCGUAUCGGCCAGAAGAAGCAGGUGUACGUGUACCGCCUCGUGACAGACCAUUCGAUUGAGGAGCGCAUUCUCGAGCGGGCCGCACAGAAGCUGCGUCUCGACCAGCUUGUCAUCCAACAGGGUCGAAGCAGUACCGCCAGUCAGCCUAAAGGCGCUGGCCAGAAGGAAGACUUGGUCGAUAUGAUCCAGCAUGGCGCUGAGCGCAUCAUUAAUGACAAGGCGUCGAUGGACGUCAAGGAUGACAUUGACGCGAUCAUUGCACAGGGUGAGGCCCGCACUGCUGAGCUGCAGGCUAAAUACCGGCAGUACACGAGCCUCGAUGAGCUCACCAACAUCAAGAGCGAGUCGGCCUACGCCUGGGAGGGCGAGGAGUACAAGGGCGCCGCUGCACGCCGCCCCGGCAUCUGGAUCGAGCCUGCCAAGCGCGAGCGCAAGCAAAAUUACUCGAUCGACAGCUACUACCGCGAUGCGAUGCGUACGACGACCAAGCCUGCUGCCCCCAAGGCGCCGCGCGCGCCGCGCCAGGUCGCCACGCCCGAAUGGCAGUUCUAUCCGCCGCGCUUUAUCGAGCUACAGACGCGUGAGACGGCUGCCUACCAACGCAGCCUCCAUUACCAAGUCCCGCCGCCCGAGUCCGGCGACGCGGCUGCCGAGGCGCAGCGUGCGGAGGAACAGGCGCGUAUCGAUCACGCCGAGCCGCUGACCGAGGCCGAGCAGGCUGAGAAGGAGGCGCUCGCCUCCCAGGGAUGGAGCCAGUGGCACCGGCGUGACUUUCAGCAAUACGUCAAGGCGUGCGAGAAGCACGGACGCACAUCGCAUGCGGCGAUCGCCGACGACAUGCAGGCGGGCGGCAGCGACAAGACCGUGGACGAUGUGCGUGCGUAUGCGGACGUGUUCUGGGAGCACGUGCACGAACUGAGUGAUGGCGACCGCAUCGUGCAGCGGGUCGAGGAGGGCGAGAGCAAGCGCCGCCGCCUUGCAGAGCAAGAACGGAUGUUGCGCCGCAAGGUCCAUGCAUACGACGAGCCGCUCCAUGAGCUGCGCCUGUCGUACAACCAGACGCGCGGCAAGGCGUACUCAGAAGAGGAGGACCGCUUUCUGCUUGUGCGUCUCGCAGACUAUGGCCUCGGUGCCGACGACGUGUACGAGCGCGUGCGUGCCGAUGUGCUGGGCUACCCUGAGUUCCGCUUCAACUGGUUCAUUAAGAGUCGCACGCCGCAAGAGCUUGCACGCCGCUGCCACACGCUUCUCCUACUUGUGAUGAAGGAACAGGAGGAGGAGGAGCGCGAGGCGGCGAACAAGUCGCACAAGAAGCGCCGAGCCUCUGGCGCCUCGCCGCGUCCGUCGAGUAGAGCCCGACGAUAG